UUCAAAAAAAAGUGUCCUGUGUGGGAACUCCGCCUGGCUGACACACCAGUGAAACUCAAGCGAGCAUUUCUCAGUCACACAGGGAUCCGCCCAUUAUGAGUCGCCAUUGGUUGCAAAGCAACUCUUUAGGGCCCUCCCCGUAAUCUGAUUGGAGAGAAACCCCUGCAAUCAGGAAAUAAACACGAAAAAUGAUUAGAAAAGUUAUGAAGCUUUGCCUAAUCGGAUCAUGGUCCAUACACGUUGCUGCGUAGUUUUUUAGGAGACCUUCAUGCGGACUGUACUUGUGGAGAAGCGGGCGAGAGUGCAUGGCACGACGCGGGCGGAGGGCGCACUGAGCAACAAGGAGCACGGCUUCAGUGUUUUGCCGUAACCACAAGCUAUCAGGUUCGGGGGAGCCAGGUAUGUUUUUCCGUUUCCAAGGACUGGCUUGCUGAUGUCACCUCGGAGGAGGGCAGGACGGGAGGACAGGUGCGCACGGUAAAGUUGUCUUUCCAGAGCGCUUGAAGGAAGCUCUGCCAUUGGACGUGAAUUUACGCAACAGUUGAUUUUUUUUUUCCUUUUGGGAAUCAAGUGUGUGAUUUGGAUUGUUCCAGUAUUUCUCUAAGAUUCCCAGCCCUCCGACAGUGUUACCGUUUUUUUUCUGGCAUGUCUUAGUUGGAAUAAUUCGCGCUUUCGAAGUGACAUUCUUUAUGGUGCGCACACACUGCGGCUCGCAAGAUUUGGUCAGUUUUGUAUGAGGGUUUUUUUUUUUUUUUUUUUAUUGUGUGAAGUACUCUAGGCUGUAGCCGAUGUGAAUAGCGGACGGGCGCCAGAUUGAGACGCCCCAGCAUCUGAACCAGCAUUCUCUCCUUGUAUGCGACAUUGACGCAUCCCGGUCGCAGACAGGUGAUGCCUGACGGGCUUCGCGUCAAGACAGCGAGUUUCUUCUGAGAGGGGCUGCCUUCCACAGGAUGGAAUACCACGCGAGGAGGCACAUCGCUUCACAUUAACUUCCAUAAUCUGAAAUGAAUUUUUCCGUGCGUCACUGCGUCUUAGGAUAAGCGGGUCUUGCGUUUAAGGGCAACAUCGUUCUUGGACUUCUUUUCCAGGUUUACAAGAGACGGCAACAAUGUCCAAGACACUGAAGAAGAAGAAGCACUGGUCUACCAAAGUACAGGAGUGUACCGUGUCGUGGGGGGGUGCUGGGGAGCUGGGCUCCGUGGUGGAGGUGCGAGGCGGCGCUGAGCUGGGAGAGUUCCCCUACCUUGGCCAGGUAGUUUCGGAGGCGAUGGUUUGUCACGUCGGGAGGUUUCCCUGCACCGGGGACGUGCUGCUGGAGGUGAACGGCACUCCCGUCAGCGGGCUCACCAACCGGGACACACUCGCUGUCAUCCGCCACUUUCGGGAACCCAUCCGUCUGAAGACUGUGAAACCAGUAACCACCUCAGGUAAGGUGUUGAAUACUGAUCUGCGUCACUACCUCAGCCUGCAGUUUCAGAAGGGCUCUCUGGACCAUAAGCUCCAGCAGGUGAUCAGGGACAACCUGUACCUGCGCACCAUUCCUUGCACCACUCGGCAGCCCAGAGAGGGAGAGGUUCCCGGAGUGGACUAUAAUUUCAUCAGCGUGGGGGAGUUCCGCGUGUUGGAGGAGAGUGGACUGCUCCUGGAGAGCGGCACCUAUGACGGGAACUACUAUGGGACUCCCAAGCCCCCCGCAGAGCCCAGCCCUGUGCAGCCCGACUUGGUCGACCAGGUUCUGUUCGAUGAGGAGUUCGACACGGAGGUGCAACGAAAGCGCACCACGUCAGUCAGUAAGAUGGACAGGAAAGACAGCGCCGCCCCGGAGGAGGAGGAGGAAGAGGAGAGACCCGCCAUGGUCAAUGGUCUAGCGGAGCACAAGGACAAGGCCGAGUGGAGGAAGACGGUGCCCAGCUACACCCAGUCGGCUGGGGCCAUGGACCUGCGUGCAUGGAACACCCUGUCGCAGGAUGAGAGUCAGGAGCCGCUGCCUAAGAACUGGGAGAUGGCUUACACAGAGACUGGCAUGGUCUAUUUUAUUGAUCACAACAGCAAGACGACGACUUGGCUGGACCCCCGCCUUGCCAAGAAGGCUAAGCCCCCUGAGAAAUGUGAAGAUGGAGAGCUGCCCUACGGCUGGGAGAAGAUUGAGGACCCCCAGUACGGCACCUACUACGUAGACCACAUCAACCAGAAGACUCAGUUUGAGAAUCCAGUUCUGGAGGCCAAGAGGAAGCUGAGUGUGGACACGCCCAUAUCAACCCAGCAGCCAGUGGCCACGCCCCCAGAGGAGCCUGGUGGAGGAGUGCGGGGCUUCACACGGGAUCCGGCUCAGCUGCAGGGCUCCAUCCUGCGGGCAGCACUAAGGAAGAGCCCCCAGGGCUUCGGCUUCACCAUCAUCGGGGGAGAUCGGCCCGACGAGUUCCUUCAGGUCAAGAACGUCCUGCCAGAUGGGCCUGCUGCGCAUGACAACAAGAUUGCCUCAGGUGAUGUGAUUGUGGAUAUCAACGGGACGUGUGUGCUGGGGAAGACCCAUGCCGAUGUGGUGCAGAUGUUCCAGUCCAUCCCAGUCAACCAGUAUGUGGACAUGGUGCUGUGCCGUGGCUACCCACUGCCUGAGGACACCAGCAGCAACGAGGACGCCUCAGGGGAGGUCGGCACCUCCAAGGACGCUUCCCCUUCCCCCUCCACCUCCACCCCACAGGACGCCCACUACACAAGCCCAGAUGGAGGAACACUCCCCAGGCAGGUUGCUGCAGUGCAACCUGUGGCCAACGGAGGACGCCAUCACCAACACCACACCCAUCCCCAUCCCCAUCCCCACCACCACCACCACCAUCCUCACCCCCACACACCGGAGGGCCCGGAUCCAACUCUAUUGCAGCCAGAGCUCGUGAGUGUACCCCUGGUGAAAGGGCCUGGAGGCUUUGGCUUCGCCAUUGCUGAUUGCCCGCUGGGCCAGAAGGUGAAGAUGAUCCUGGACGCCCAAUGGUGCCGCGGCCUGCUGAAGGGCGACGUCAUCAAGGAGAUCAACAGGCAGAACGUCCAGACGCUGAGCCACUCCCAGGUGGUGGACAUCCUCAAAGACCUGCCUGUGGGCAGCGAGGUCAAUGUUCUGGUACUCAGAGGAGGUCAGACGUCUCCUGUGAAAUCCCUAAAACCAUGCACAGCUCCGAUAUCCCAGGCCUUGUCCCAGCAGACUCCCCAUCAGGCCCCCCAUCCCGUACCCCAGCAGUCCGGCGCCCAGCCCACAGCACAGCAGCAGCGGCAGGAGACACCCACCAGCACAGAGACCCCAAGUCACUCGGAGCUGCCCCCGCAACCACUUCCUUUCGCCACCAACACCUUACGCUCUUCCUCGCCAAAGCCGGACCCGUCCGAGCUCUACCUCAAGUCCAAGGCCAUGCUAGACAGCAAGCCCCCCAAUACCAAGGACCUGGAUGUAUUUAUCAAAAGGAACCAGGAGUCAGGAUUUGGUUUCAGGGUCCUUGGAGGCGAGGGACCAGACCAGCCGGUGUACAUCGGUGCCAUCGUGCCGCUUGGUGCCGCUGAAAAAGAUGGCCGCCUGCGGGCUGGGGAUGAGCUCCUUUGUAUCGACGGUGUGCCAGUAAAGGGCAAAUCCCACAAACAGGUGCUGGAGCUAAUGACCAACGCUGCCCGCAACGGCCAAGUCAUGCUCACAGUCCGCAGGAAACUGGCACAUACAGAUGCAGUUGGAGAGGAGGAGGGCGCCCAGCAGCCGCAGCCCCAGCAGGUAGCAUCUGCCCUGGUCAACGGCUCUCCUAAGCUGCCUCGCAUCGAGGUGCCCAGCACCACCCAGCCGUCCCGGCCAGAGCGCUUUGACGUCACUCUGCAGCGCAAAGACAACGAGGGCUUCGGCUUCGUCAUCCUCACAUCCAAGAACAAGCCCCCGCCCGGAGUUAUCCCGCACAAGAUAGGCCGUAUCAUUGAGGGCAGCCCUACGGACCGCAUGGGUCAGAUGAAGGUGGGGGACCGUAUCUCAGCCGUCAAUGGCCAGUCCAUCAUGGAGCUGUCUCACAACGAUAUCGUCCAGCUCAUCAAGGAGGCCGGCAACUCUGUCACCCUCACCGUGGUGCCCGAAGACGACAGUGGUCCUCCAUCUGGAACCAGUUCAGCCAAGCAGAGCCCUUCGGCACAACACAGAGCUGUGGGCCAACAGCCUCCCAGCCAUGUAGACAGGAAUGGUGACUAUGAAGAAAAGAAAGAAAUUGUUGGCCGGCCAGAUUAUAAAUCUCUUCCGGGAAAAGAGACGGGAACACUCAUCACCUCAGGCCCCAAGCAGGGCUGUUUUGUGGUAGAGUUGGAACGCAGCCAGCGGGGCUUUGGCUUCAGUCUGAGAGGAGGUAAAGAGUACAACAUGGGUCUGUUCAUCCUACGACUGGCAGAGGACGGACCAGCUAUUAAAGAUGGCAGGAUACAUGUUGGCGAUCAGAUAGUGGAGAUCAAUGGCGAGGCCACGCAGGGCAUCACACACACUCGGGCGAUCGAGUUGAUCCAGGCGGGUGACACUAAAGUUCAUUUGUUGCUCAGACCUGGCCAAGGCUUGGUCCCUGAUCACAGUUCGAAGGACAAAGUAACCAUUCCAACCUCAAGCUUUCCUAAACUCUCUGUAUCUGACGAGCAGUCAUCUCCAGCCUCUCCAUCCUCCGUCUCCCUCUCUACUUCCGAACUUUCCCCAUCUUCACCGAAAACUGCCGCCCCCGAAGAAUCCUUCAGGGGGGACCCCCGAGCCAUUGGGUCCCCUGGCGCUGGGCAGGACCACUAUGAGCAUGCUGGCCAGGCCAACAGACCCAGAGGACAGUAUCACUCGCACCUCAACCUCAAGCGUCCCACUAGCCCUGACACCCAAACUCUCCCUAGAAAGAGUGACUCCAGCAUGUCCCGCAAAGACAAGUCGGCAAGUCCCAAAAGAGCCACCGAGGGCUGGACUGAUCAUACUGAGCGCUCUCAAAGCCCUAGAAAGACAGAGAAAGGCCACAGCGGAUCCCUGGAAGAUAUGAGCAGGGAGAGAAGGGCCCAGGGGCAAAGAGACCACCACCACUCCUUUAGCCCUAGGAAGGGCUCCAGGAGGGAACAAGACCCUGCUGUGCCUAAGAAGAACCAGGAGGAUCCUCAGAGUCCCAGGCGCCCCAGCGGUCAACAGCCCAGCAGUGCCUCUGGCGAAGGGAGGGACCGGAGGCACAAGGAGGAGGAGGCGACCUACUGGCAGGAGAGGGGAACUAUACAGAGAGGAGACAUGAGCAGGGAGACCAGUGAACGCCGCAAGAGAGACAUACGGGCUGAACAAGAGGCACUGACACAUAGAUCCCACUCCCAAACUCACAGGGAGAGGGCAGGGUCAGAUACUGACAGUGCAACCUUGAGCCGAACGGGUGGAAGAGAUAAGGAGAGAGAGAAGUAUGGUGAUCAGGAAUGGCGAGAGGUUAAAUAUUAUGGGCAAUCCGAAGAAGUGAGUAAGAAGGACCCCAGGGGUUCAAACAGUAGCAUCCAGGACCCCAACUGCAACGGGACAACAAGCAGCAAGAAGGCUCCCAUCACCCCCGGCCCGUGGAAAGUCCCCAGCUCCGCGAGGAUCCAGUCCCAGGUAGAGAUGACCCAUGAGGGGAACUGAUACUCUCCCAAAAGAGAAAGCAGAGCCUCUGAAGCAUGGACAGUCAGAAUGGAAUGAUUAAUCUUUUCUUUACAAAUGAAGACAAAGCGCAUCACUGUGUAACCAGCAUUGCUUCACAUUGCUUAUCAGUUUUUUUGUUUGUUGUUUUUUGUUUUGUUUUGUUUUGUUUUUUACCCAGUUUGCCUCGGUCAGUUUGUAUCAAGCUGUUGAUGCCUGAUCUGACAUGCGUGCUUGUACAUGGCAUGUGUAUGUGUGCACUGGCAUGUGCACGUGUGCAAAAAAAAAAAGUGGGUUCUGAGUGUGAUUUUUGCAUGUGACACUGAAGUCCCAUGUCUAUUUUGUGCCAAUCAGAGACUCCGGCUAUGAAGAAGCUGCUCUGUAUCGCUCUCACUGUGAGACUAUUUGUAGGCAAUGAGAUGAGCCGCUCUCUCUCUCUCUCUGCCCAAUUCGAUGAAGGAUCCUGCUUUUUGUCACUUUGAAGGUUUGAAAGACUUCCGUAUCCAUGCAAUCACUCUUCGCUUCUCUUCCUGGUGGGAUUGAUUCACCGUUUCUGUCAUUGAUGGAUGUAUAAAGAGGUGAGGCUGAUGUGAUUUUUUUUUCUCUUUAAUCAGCAGUGGGGGGGGGUGAUAGAUUGUCUUCUAAACCAUUUUCUGUCUAUAUCUUGAGAAUGCUUACCCAGAGCUGUGAACCGUGUGUGUGUCUGCAUUCACACACAUUUGAAGACACUGAAAACACCCUGAUCCCAUCAGCUUAGCAUUGGGUGGAUAGACCGUCCUGAAGCUUUAUAUGCAUCAAUCAGCAGACCAGACACUUGUGGUUAUAGUUCUAUUGUUUGUUACGCGUGUUUAUAACAAAGCAUAAUGUAAUUUAUUGAAAUUAUAUGAUAAAGAAGUACUAUAAGUAUAAAUAUCCAUACUGAGUCAUUUCACGUUUUGAUGUUGAAACUGAAAAUUCAUAGAAAUAGAAUGUGAAGAUGGACGAUAAUGUGAUAAAUGAACCAGAUCAGAUAUUACCACUGUUUCUCGAGUGCACAUUGUGAUAACACAUCAUGCAACACAGUGGGAACUGCUUGGGACUGUGAUUUGGUAGCCCAAUCUAUACAUUCUAUUUCUAUGAGUUAACGGUCUGUACACAGUCCGAGAAGCCUGUUCCAUCCAUGUAAUGUUGUCUACUGUUAGCAGCUCUGUAUUUUAGGUCCUCUGGCUAUGUGUGUAUGUAUACAAGCUGACUGGUAGGCCUGUGUAUUUUAGACAUUGCUGUAGCUUUGACUGUACUUUAUCUGAUAUGUAUAUUAUUAUUUAACAAAAUGAUUAUCUAUACAUAGAGAUAUAAUUUAGAUGAGUUAAAUUAUCAAAGCUUGAUUGUAAGAGAUGAGACCUUUGCCUUCAACGUAAUAAAACUUAAAGAGAUAUUUUUAUUUUUAUCAUGCUACAGUUUAGGCACAAAAGAUGUUUCUCUUUUUUUUCCUCUCUCAUUGUAAUCUCCAAAUCUAUUUUUGAUCUGAAUUGUUCUUUUAGUCCAUGACCUGAAAUGUGAGAGAAAUAAAUUGUGUAUAUUUUUGACUUUGUUAAUCAUCAGCAACUACAUGCCUGUCACACUUUUGUAAUAUAAAUAAAGUCAGGCUCUCAAAGAGUCCUAGAUAGUUUUUGAUGUAGCGAGGAAAAGUCAUUAUGUCGCCUUUUGGCUCAGUGAGAAUGGCUUCCUCUUAGGGAGUUUGAUAUGUAAUUGCAUUGCAGAGUUUAUUGAAGUAAACAUGACAGGGAUUCCAUUUCCAUAUGAAAAACAAUCUUCCUUUAUUGGGAUUAUUUGUAGGCUGCUUGAGAGUCAACUGAUUUUUUUUUUUUUUUCAACAUUAUUACUGUGGAGUGCAGAGACAUCUAGUGGUUCAUACACUGCUAUUCACAAACCAGCCAGAUUGCUUUAACCAUACCCAUAUCAGCCUGCCUGUCGAGGAUGUAGACAAGUAAUACAUGUGUAUCUUCAUUUGUUUACUGUAUCAUCCUGCUUAUUGUGGAUAUGAUGGGCUACUGUGUUAUUUUCUUUUCAUGUCAUUAUCAUGUAUGAUACUGUGGCCUUGCAUUGCUUCAACAUAAAGAAAAAAAAAACGCCUUUUGGUUUUGACAUCAUGGUAGUUGUAAAUGUUUAUAAAUUGUACAGCACCUGUAUAAAUAUUUGCCUUCAUUCAGAAAAAAAAAUCUCUGUAAAUCGUUUCAUUAUUUUUUUAAGGAAUUGAAAGGAAAAUUACAUAAAAUGGUGAAAGGAAAUAAUCUGGUCAUGGCAUUCUGUUCAUGCACUGAUAAAUAAAGGUUUACCGAAUUAACACAA